AUGAAUACGGGUUCAUUGAUUGGUCUGGCCCUACUACUUUUGGCGGGUACUGUGUACAGCGCCUGCACCGACCAAGGGACGAAUUGUGCGCAGUUUUCGGGGAUGUGCUAUAAUCAAGUGUAUGCGUCGAUUUUGCAGCAGUAUUGCAAGAACACUUGCGACAAUUGCCCCGGGACUUGCAAGGACAAUUCUCCAAGGUAUGGAAAUUGAUUAUAUUUUCAUUUUGAGAGAUCUUGCAAAAUUUAAAUGGGAAAAAAUGCGAUUUAUUCACAUUGUAUGCUUUGCAAUGUGAUUAAAUUAACAAGGGAAGUUCUCUAAAUGCAACUCUCAGAUUUUCUUCAAGUUUUGCCCACAUCUCAAGCAUUUGCCAUAUAUCAAGCCCUGCAAGUUUCAGCUCGCGCUUUCUAGGCGCUGUGGAGAUAUGGAAAGAUCUUUGUGGCCAAGCGAGUAAGCAAAACAUGGAGAUCGGUCAGAGAGAAAAACACUUUUGCCCAUAUCUUUGCCAGUUUCGCAUGGAAAAAAUUAAUUUUUUGUAGAGACAUUAUUCUCAGCAGUAGAAAUAAGUAUGAAAAACUUUCAUGCCAAAUUUGCAAAAAAAAUUUCACAUUUUUGUCAAUUUUCGACUUAAAAAUUUCGGUCUUUCUGCAGUUUCACUAGCUAGGAGUCUCGUAUAUCUUGGAAAAAAUGCAUUUCUUAAAUUAAUGCCAAGUUUCGUCAAGAUCUGAGCAUUGCACUGUGGGUACCUCCUGUGUGAGAUAUCGUAUAAUAAUUUGAAGAAGUUCUUGGCGAGAUGCACUUCUAUCACAACUUUUUUUUCAAUAUAUUCAAUUUCCAGAUGCCCUUCAUGGAAGCGGAAUGGCUUCUGCCAGAGCUCGUAUUACACACAAGCCCAUAAGGCGCAGUAUUGUUCGAAGAGUUGUGGAAUUUGCCAGAGCAACGGUGGUGGCGACGGUGGCAGUGGAAACGGUUAA